UGUUUCGGCGUGAACGAUCCUUCUGUCGAUGCAAAAUUAAUAUGUUGGGAUAGGGAGUGCGAGAGAAUUAUUGCACCCCAAUAGCUUUGAUUUGCCGAAUGAAGUUUUUGAAUUAAUUGGUAAAACUAUGUUGUUCAAAGUGAGGAUACAACCUGAUAAGCCUGGUACUUAUAGAGCAGCCUUCUCUGUUGUUCGUGUUGUGGUUGAUGAAUCUUUGGUCGCCAAGUACCAUAAAUGGCAAGUGGACAAAGAGGAGGACACAGACUUUCUCUUCUCGAUGCUUAAGGACACCGACAAUGGAAUGGAUGCUGCUGUUGAGGAUGAAAUUUCGUCUCCCAUAAAGAUUGUUCAACAGGUCGAUUCGGUUGGUGACACAUCAACUGUCAAGAGAAAUCUUUGGGAGGAAUUGAAUGCCGAAAUCGAACCCGUGAUUUUCGCGGAGUCUGCAAUUGUUGAUAAGGGAAAAGCUAAAAUUUUGGAUGAGUGAGACCGUGGAGUUAUCUUUAUAGCAUAUUUAUUAUAUAUUUUGUUAUUUUGAGGACAAUAUUUAGUUUCGUUUGAAUUUUAGUUUGCUUGGAUGUUUGGUCAAUGAAUAAAUGAGAGCAUAUAACUUUGAUUGCGUUAACUAAAUAAUAUAUUCUAUUGAAGGCUUGAUUAUUAUUAUUUGUGUGCAUUGUCGUUUUUUUAUUUAUGUUGAUCCAUUUUAGAAUUGAGUUUUUAUUUUUUGCUUAUCUUAAACGAGAAAGAGAUAACUUUCACUAUUAAUUAACAAAUGGCUAAAAAAAAGAAUGUCGUACAUUUAACGAAAGAAAAAAAAUACUAAAAACUUUGUUCAUUAAUAAACUUUGUUAGUACAUUUAAUGAAAGAAAAAACUAUUAAAAAAAAAAGUGUAAUAUAUAUAACAAUACACAUAGCAUUUAAUGGAAAAUAUCUACAACCACGAUCAUUAUUGAUUAAUAAACUUUGUUAGUUCUUUAGUAAUGUUUUUCUUUCUCAUUAGCUUAAUUAUAUUUAUGUUUGGUAAUUUAUAAUCCUAAGUUUUAGACAACUUAGUUCUUCGUAAUUGAUUAUGAUAUAAAUAAACUGAAUGGAAACAUAUAUAUAGCUAUCAAACAGUCACGCAAUAAACAAAUAAUAAACAUAUGUAACUAUACUUGAAAGGCUAGAUGGAAUGGUGCAUUUUUCUUUUAAUUGAUCAUUUUUUUCGAACUUGAACACUCUAAUUUUAAUGCUUUACUAAGUCAAAAAUUCUAAAUUCGUCUAUUGUCAAAAUGUUAUUUAUAAUAUUUUUUCAAAAAGAUAUCUUUCACAAUAAUAAACUACAUUUAUUAAGCUAUCAUAUGUUAAUUGAAAACUGUUUAAAAAAUCUUAAAUGUAUAUUUUGGAGUAGCAACAUAUUUGGUGAUAUUCUCAGUAGUAUAAGCAACCAAAAAUAAUAACUCGAUACCAGUAUAAUAAAAACACUUUAAUAGAUAAAUAUGUUGAUUUGGCUGAGAAUAUUCAAUAUUAUCCUAUAAGUAACAAAUAAAUAUAUGCACCAUAUUUAU